UAUGACCGGCGCUGAAGCUCGCAGUCCCGGCUUUUAGCGCUGUGGUCGGUGGGCAGCAACUGUCUUCCUCCGAUUCCCCGAGCCUUUUCCGUGGUGGUGCUGCUCUCGUCGCUGCCUGCUCUUCCGGAUCAUGGUGUGCUUCCGCCUCUCUCCGGUGCCGGGCUCGGGGCUCGUUGUGCUCUGCCUCAUUCUGGGAGCUAUCUCGUCUUAUGCAUUAGAACUUAAUUUGACGAAUUCAAAAAAUGCCACUUGCCUUUAUGCAAAAUGGCGGAUGAAUUUCACUAUAGGCUAUGAGACUACAAGCAAAAGUAAUAAAACUGUAACCAUUUCAGACCUUGGCAAUGCAACAUACAAUGGAAGUAUCUGUGGUGAUGACCAGAAUGGUCCCAAAAUUGAGGUGCAAUUUGGAUCUGUUUUUUCCUGGACUGUGAAUUUUACAAAGGAGAAGUCUACUUAUUUAAUUGAAAGUAUCUCAUUUUCCUAUGACACUAAUGAUAGCACAACAUUUCCUGAUGCUAAAAAGAAAGGAAUUUUUACUGUUCAUGAACCUGUGGCAUUCAGAAUUCCAUUGAAUGACAUCUUUAGAUGCAAUAGUAUGUUGACUGCAGAAAAGAAAGAUGUUAUCCAGCACUAUUGGGAUGUUCAUGUACAAGCUUUUGUCCAAAAUGGCACAGUGAGCACAAAAGAGUUUCUGUGUGAUAAAGAUAAAACUUCAACCACUGUUGUGCCCGUUACUCCCACCACUUUACCAUCUCCUACUACAACACCUGCUCAAAAGGAAAAACCAGAGAUUGGAUCCUAUUCAGUUAAUAAUACCAAUGGUACUUGUCUUCUGGCUACCAUGGGGCUGCAGUUGAACAUGACUCAAGAUAAGGUUGUUACAGUUAUUAACAUCAAACCCAAUACAACUGACUUCACUGGCAGCUGCCAUUCUCAAACUGCUCUACUUAGGCUGAACGGCAGCAACAUUAAGUAUCUUGACUUUGUCUUUGCUGUGAAAAAUGAAAACCGAUUCUAUCUGAAGGAAGUGAAUGUCAGCAUGUAUUUGGUUAAUGGCUCUGUUUUCAGCAUUGCAAAUAACAAUCUUAGCUACUGGGAUGCCCCCCUGGGAAGUUCUUAUAUGUGCAACAAAGAGCAGACGGUUUCAGUGUCUGGAGCAUUUCAGAUAAAUACCUUUUAUCUAAGGGUUCAGCCUUUCAAUGUGAUAGAAGGAAAGUAUUCUACAGCUGAAGAAUGUUCUGUGGACUCUGACCUCAGCUUUCUUAUUCCUGUUGCAGUGGGUGUGGCCUUGGGCUUCCUUAUACUUGUUGUCUUUAUCUCUUAUAUGAUUGGAAGAAGGAAAAGUCGUACUGGAUAUCAGUCUGUGUAGCCAAUUAAAUUUAGUGCAACUGAUUGAGAUUUGCAGACUAACCUCAGUGAAUUGCUAGCUAACUUGGGCAUGAGUAGCACUUACUUAAGAAAAAACAGUAUUAAGACCCAUUUCCUUUGUUUUUCUAUUUUUCCUUCCUUUGUUAAAGUAUAAUUGAAAGAAAAAGUGUGGCUUAGAAUAUGUUUUUUUAGUAAGAAAUAAUUUUAAGCCUCUGGAUCUAAUUAUGAAAGCAGCAUGUCUACUGAAGUAUAAUUUUAUAUGUUGCCAUUACUUGUAUUUUGCUACGUUGACAUUAUUUGCAGAAUCAAAGCUGUUAGAGAAUUUAACUUGCUUCAGGAAAGAAAUUCAAGAAAAUAAUGAAUUCAUUUUCAUGGGAGGCAAACAUAAAAUUUGGUUCAUAAUAAGACUUCCUUUCCCAACUUCCUGAUCAGAAUUACUUAAAUCUGUGUUUUUCUGCUAGUUAAAAAAGGAAGGAAAGAAAUGGCUUCACAAAACUGUGUUCAAUAGCAAAAGUCUGGCUCUCUUCUUCACUGUUAGUGGCUACUAUUUUUUAAUGAGGAUGCCUUUUUUUUUUUCUUUUCCUUUGGAGUUUAGAAUAUACUGAUUAUACAGACUUGACAUUUAUGCCAAAGGAUGAAGUAAGAUCUUUGGUUUUUUUUAAAGGUGUUGAUAUAGAGUGGGUUAUGGUUUUUUUAAGGUUAUGAUUUAGACUUUUUUUCCUUUAGAGCCUUAACUUGUUCAGAAAGUUAAUCCAUCAUUAAAAACAAACGUCUGUACUUUGUGUGCCUCCUGUACUCUCCCAUUCCCUAUGUGAAUAAGUUCUAAUGGAUAUUUUUAAUGUAUUUCUUUCUUUCUUCUCAAAGCAGCAAGUGCUGACUCUAGUCUAGAGGCUAGUGGGCCCUGAUGUGUCAUCAGUUAGAUGGCUGCCUAGCCAAAGCUGGACUGGGAUUAUUCUGUAAAUUUGUUGAUCUCAAUAUAGAUUUAUAUCCUUGUAGAGACCUCUAGCUUUUGGGGGUAAGAUUCUAGUCUAGAGACUACUCAUCCCAGUAUCUAUUUGAUUGGCAAGGCUGUUGAUUUCCCUUUGAUUUAGAAGCACUGUGUGGUAUUUCUCUAGGGCCCAAGUAGCUGCUUUGCACACCUGUUGCUAGUAUAAGGCAGAUGUUUAUUUUAUCAAGCUAUUUUUCUCUAUAUGACUAAAAACAAAAGUUUCCAAAGAUCUGCCUGCACUUCAAAAAUGUUCCAUGGAAUAAUUAAGCUUAAACCUCAAGUUAGUUUGUUAUUAAAUCCAAGGAUCAAGUCCCCAUCUACCUCUCAGCGCAAUGCAGAUGCUUACCACUGUAUUGUUGCCAUUAACUGCUGCCAGAACUCUGCCAAAAACUGGAACUAUAACACUUUUUUAAAAAGAAAAUUCAUCAACAUCUUUCUUUACUAUCUUACCAUAUGUGCAUCUCAAAAGCAUAUUUCCAAACUGGAGCAGAAAGUCAGAUUGCUCAAUCACUUCUCCCUUCAAACACUCUAGUUCUGACUUGCAGAGUCAAGCUCUCCCCUAUUUGCUAAGUAUAUCAAGAAUGUUUUCUUGCCCUAGCCAGUUUGGCUCAGUGGAUAGAGUGUCAGCCUGCAGACUAGAGGGUCCUGGGUUUGAUUCCAGUCAAGGGCACGUACCUGGGUUGCAGGAUCUUCCCCAGCCUGGGCCCUGGUGCAGGAGGCAACCAAUCAAUGUGUUUCUCUAACAUCGAGGUUUCUCUCUAUGUCUUUACCUCUCUCUUCCACUCUCCCUAAAAAUCAAUGGAAAAAUAUCCUCGGGUGAGGAUUAACAAAAAAGAAUGUUUUAUUUUCAAAUGUUCUCCUGUAAAAACAAUUGCUUAUUUGUUAUUUGGCCAAAAUGAAGGCACCAUAAAGAACAGUGGCUUCAUUUCAAUAAACAUUUUUGAGAUAAUUAGCUAGAAGCCAGGUUAUUUAAAUCAGAUUGUGACCUUAGUAAGUAUAGGAAUUGUAAAUUCAAAUACAUUCAAAAGUAUAGGUUUGUUUAAAAGUGUUCUACUCUUUGGGUAGGGAACUAAUACCACUAUUUCUUCAUUAAGUUUCAUGGCUUUAUUUUAAAUAAUUACCAAAUGUGUGUUUAAUCUUGUUGAGAAUUAAGUUUAAAAUACAAAAUAUUAAUAGAGGGUUAAAACAAACACUGCUUCAACUCCAAUAAAAUACAGGAAGCCCCAAAUCUGUGAUAUGAGUGUUCAGUUAGCUUUGCUUAUUGAGUUCAUUUUUAUAUCAGUACAACAGUAGAUCAGACAGUAGGACUUUGAGCUUGUGAAUAAAAAGAAUUGUUUUUCACCUAAGCUUCUUUGGAAGAACUGAUGCUUGCGGCUAACUAAAGUUUUGGAUAUAUCAAUUUAAGGAACUAAUUAAUACCUGCAAAAUAAAGCAUACUGUGGUACUCCUGUUCGAUCUGAUAUGUGUGAUUUUUAUAAUCAAUGGAUUAUAAAAUAAUAAAGAUCAUACAAUUCAUA